CCCCCAUCGCAGGUAGCCACGCCACAUGGCUUUAAAAAGCCUCAUGCCUGCCUGGCUGGAAGGGAUGCCUCUGCUGACACGUAGAGGAGCGAGAGCCCCUGCAACAAGCGCGAGGGUAAACAGUGCAGUGCAAAGCGCUAACGCAGGGAGUUAAAGCAGCACUAACAUAGGCAGUUAGCAGAGUGCUGACACAGAACAAUUAGCGCAAUUAGUUAACAGAGCACUAUUGCAGAGUUGCAUACAGGAAGUGUGAGCUAACGCAGGUAGUUAGCGGGCGCAGCAAGGAAAGGCUUAGUCACGCACGUGCAGCUAGCAGGACAUCAUGGCCAGCAGGGCCAGCUUCACCGAGUCUGAGCUCUCCGAAGAAGAGGCUGAUGGGAGCCUUGUAGGCAUGGACGAUGGCAGCCCUAAGAAGUCCCACGCAGAGAGCGAGGAGAGCCCCAGCGAGCCGGAUGAGGCCAAGACAAGCAAGAAGAGGACGCGACCGGCCCGCUCCAAGGCACGCCGCGUGGCCGCCAACGUGCGCGAGCGCAAGCGCAUCCUGGACUACAACCAGGCUUUCAACGCUCUACGCGUGGCGCUCAAGCACGACCUCGGCGGCAAGCGGCUCUCAAAGAUCGCCACGCUGCGGCGCGCCAUCAACCGCAUCUCUUCGCUCUCUGUCUUCCUGCGUGCCCACCCUGCCGCCGGAGUGUGCGGCCCGUGUGCCCAUACCGAGUGCCGCAGCCAGCCAGAGGUGCCCAUGCCCAAGCCGGCCGGAGAGAGGAGCUUCCCAGCAACGGUGGACAUUUACCCAGCUCGGCAACACCAGUCCCAGCACCAACAACAGGUCCACGGCCACAUCCCGUCCCCAGAGGACCCGCUUUAUAUGGAUACCUCGGCUUUCCUGGGGCCGUUGUCCCCCCACUUCCCUGACGGCCAGUUCUGUGCGCCCCAUGGACACUAUGCCAGCCCCCGGGAUGAGCUCCGCGGUCUGCCCUAUUACGGCAACACCUGCAACGCCAGCCCAGGCUACCAGUUCGGGAGCAGGGCCACCUGCCACCAGAACCACAUGGACAACUUCUCCGACUCUGCGACCUCGUUGCCCUUUCACUGGCAGCUGGGCUACCUGCAGGGGGCGGGCUACCAGCAGUCCCUGUCCAUGCACUGA